AUGGACGAAUUCGAUGCGACCAAAUUGAUCACAACACCCGAUGAAUCGAAUGAGGGAAAUGAAUUGACGUUGUUCAAAAGAAACCAUCGAAUAUCGGACGAGGAACAAACGAGGGAAUCGUCGAAUACAAGAGAUGAGACAUUGUUCAAUCAGGCACAAAAUCAACUCAUGCAAAUGCCCUCCUCGUCUAGCUGCGAUUUCAAAGAUUUUGGGAUAUUUGAGGACUUCAAUCUAACCACACGAAGCGAUUUGGACAGAGUGCUGCAAAAUGUGGACAAUGUUUUGGCAGAGGGAAGAGAAAAUGGAGAGGAUUUUGAGGGGAUUUUUGAUGAAACAUAUGGAUCUUCGCACUCCAAUCAAGCUCAUUUCAAUGAAGACGUAGGAAAUGUAAACUCGCAGUGUCAGUUAUGCGGAAAAAUGGUAAUUACGAGGACGACGAAUCAUGUAAUGGCUCACUCGAAGACACAUGUUGAUCAUCAACAGUUUAGAUGCUCGAAAUGUCCGAGACAAUCUCGAGCCCGCACUGAUAUUCACAUUCACAAUAUGCGCCAACAUGGGGGAAAAGCAAAGAUCAUCGAUACAAUGACACCUGAGCUAAUGAAACGAUUCAAACAAGUAGCUCAUGCUUGUUUUCCCAAACAUCAUCGCCGAAUCGAGAGCUGGGCACAAUUGGAUAAUCCGAGAAGGAAAAGAAUGAUUGAGACGAGAUGGGGAAAUGAUGAGGAGGGGAUGAUUGCUGCGAAAACGAGAAGGAUGAAUUCCUCGUUUACUGACGGUGAUGAGAUUCAAAGUCUUGACGAUCAAUCCGGAAUUGAAAUUAUUCAGCAAACAAAAAAGCCAGCGUCAAAUAAUGCGUUAAGCUGCAAGAUGUGCAAUCAAACAUAUCUUCCAAUAAAUCUCCCGUACAAUUGCAUUCGACACGUCGAAUUUUGUCAUAUGGAAAAGAAACGAUACACCUGCUCGCAAUGUGAGAUGGCGACACCGGAACGAUCAAAACUUGAGAUGCACGUUCGGAAUCAUAACCCAAAAGCUUAUGUAAUCGAUAAUUUAUCUGAAGAUCAAGUGAAUCAUCUCACACAGACGUCCAUAUUUUGUUUUCCAUCGAUUGAGGCAAUGAUUGAGAAAUGGAAGCUGAACAAAUUACUGGCUUUAAACUCGGAUAUUCCAUAUCGACCACGAACAUCGAGAGCUUUAUUGAGAUCGUACACUGAACAGGAAAAAGAAUCAGCUGAUGGGAAAACGAAUCAAGAGUAUUACACGUGCAAACAAUGCUUUAAACAAUUCGAUUUGCAUCACGGGGAACACCUGGUGAUUUGUGCAAUCAAGCAUGGAGCAAAGCAUUGCCCACAGAAACAGUAUUCGUGCUCUGAAUGUCGCAAAGGAUAUCUGAAAAAAUCGGUUGCUCGAAUGCACAUUUUGAGAACUCACCGAAAAAAGGGAACAAUUAUCGAUAAGCUAAAUUCAUCACUUUUUGCGGCUCAAUGCGAAUCAGCUAUCGUUUGUUUCCCUGAGUUGGUGGAGGGAAUUCGGGGAAUCGCUCAAAUCUAUCCACCACCAAAUGUCUUCUAUGAUGAAAGAGUUGUUGAAAGAGAGUUAGACGAAGUGAUCAGCCAAUCUUCCUCAACAUCACUGAAUCUAAAUAGUUUUAUUGAGAAGAAGAAAUCACCGAUCGUUUCAAUCAAGGAUCGUUUCACUUGCAAUCAUUGCAACAAGAAAAUGAUUGCGCUAAAGAGUUUAACUCCGAGUGCAUCCGUUGGACAAUUGCUUAAACAUUCUAGAGUUCAUUUAGAGAAGAAGCAAUUUCAGUGCUCUGUCUGCAAUCUUUUCCUCUCCGAACACUCAAAUGCGAAUCGUCACCUCGAAAAGCAUCACGAGAAAGGAAAGAUUAUUGAUUUGAUGACCGUCGAAUUUCUGACUGAACUAUGCAAUGAGGGAAAAGAUUCUUUCCCGUAUUAUAAAGAGUUCAUUGAUCAAUAUUAUCAACGAAAAGUGGCUGAAUUAAAUGGAAAAGAGGUGCCGAAGAGAGGAAAUGGAGCAGGGGGAAUUGGAAUGGGACAAGGAGGUGAUUCACCGGAUACUGAUACCCCAAGCACAUCAAUCAUCGAGCCAAUCAAUCAGAAUACAAUUCGAGAGGUCGGACAAUCAAUCGUCGACAAUCGAUUGUUUCAACUAAGAUCUGAGUCGAUCAAGAGGGAACCGAAUGAGAUCAAUAAUGAAACUCUAGAAGACAACUCGGUCGUUUCUGUCGAUUCGCCCUUCUCGGCUGGACAAAAGUUUGAUGGCUACGAGUUUGAUGGAUCGGUGAACAAUACAAGGAGUUCUUUUGGGAAUGGAUAUCAGUACUCGGCUAAUCGCCCCAACUCUGAGCUAAUCACAUUGCGGAAAAAGGUUCAAAAGCAAGAAAUGGACAUUGAACAACUGGAGAAAGCGCUCACUAAAGCACAGAGUCAAGCUAGGAUGGUUGCUCCAGUUGUACCGAAUGAAGUUGAAGUUUUGAGGCGAAUGCUUCUACAAAGAGACAAUCGGAUUCAAGAGUUGGAAGAUGAAAUGAUAAAAAUGAAAGAACAAAGGGGAAGGCUUCAUUCCAUCAUCGGACAACAUCAAGAGGAUUUGGCAACAGCAAAAGAAAAGACUCAAAAACUCGAACGAGAGCUCGACUCAGUGAUGCGACGAUUCACU